AUGAGCAGUGAACCACCAAAUAUAAUGAGCAGUGAACUAGCAACUAUAGUGAGCGAUGAACCAGCAACUAUAGUGAGCGAUGAACCAGCAAAUAUAGUGAGCGAUGAACCAGCAACUAUAAUGAGCGAUGAAUCAACAAAUAUAGUGCGCGGUGAAUCAGCAAAUAUAGUGAGCGGUGAACCAGCAAACAUAAUGAGCAGUGAACCAGCAAAUAAAGUGAGCAGUGAACCACCAACUAUAAUGAGCAGUGAACCACCAAAUAAAGCGAGCGAUGAACCACCAAAUAUAGUGAGCGAUGAACCAGCAAAAAUAGUGAGCGAUGAAUCAACAAAUAUAGUGCGCGGUGAAUCAGCAAAUAUAGUGAGCGGUGAACCAACAAACAUAAUGAGCAGUGAACCACCAAAUAAAGUGAGCGGUGAACCACCAAAUAUAAUGAGCAGUGAACCAUCAAAUAGAGCGAGCGGUGAACCACCAACUAUAAUGAGCAGUGAACCAUCAUAUAAAGCGAGCGGUGAACCACCAAACAUAAUGAGCAGUGAACCACCAAAAAUAGUGAGCUGUGUCAGGAGAACCAUCAUAUAA